AAUCAAGUCCUUCAUCUCACGUUCACUGACAAGCAAGCAAGCAAGCCGACCUCAACCAUCAUGGCUAUCCCUGUCAUUAACGUGGCCCCAGGCCUGUGGUUUUACGUGACGGCCGCCAUUGUUGACUUCAUCACGGGUGCCUUGUGGUACGGUAAGCUGUUUGCUCACCCCUGGGUGCGCGCCAUGCGGCGUGACAAGAACAGUGCCCGCUGGCCUGAGGACUCCAACAUGUCCAUGGCGGCGCCCAUGCUCUUCUCCCUCCUGACCUCCUGCGCCCAGGCCUACUUUGUCGUGCAUGCGAUGCCGCACCUCCUGUACGGCAUCAACGGCGUCCACCGCAUUGAGGCUUCCCAAGACAAGGCCGUGCUUGGCGUCUUCUGGCUCUUCACGGGCUUCCAAGCCCUCCACACCAUCGAAUCCGCGCUGUGGUGCGAUCGCCCACUGACCGUGAUUGCGGUCGACCUUGGGCGCAACCUCGUGCGCAUCCUCUCCACCACUGGCAUUGCCAUCGCUUUUGGCAUCUACGACCAGUGAUGUCUGUUACCAACCCGCCACAAACAGCGUGACGCGAGUGAGCCGUGGAGUGUGAGUGACGUGACGUGAGCCACGGACUGAGCUGAGCGGACAGUUCUUGCACUCUCCACCAUCUUUGUAGCUUCUCUGUUUGCCCUGUGGAAAUUUUGUUGGUAUUGUUACCAAAUUUCUUGCCUUCACCAACACCCAAUACAAGCCACCAAGCGCAGAGCGCAGCAGCUCAGAACACACAGCAAAGCGCACACAGCCACACUUGCAGCC